AUGACCGUCCAGAAACUGGUAGCCACAGCUGUGUUGGUAGCCCUGGUCUCACUUGUUCUCAACAACGCCGCUGCCUUUACUUCCAACUGGGUGUACCAGACCCUGGAGGAUGGGCGUAAGCGCAGCGUGGGGCUCUGGAGGAUGUGCUGGCUGGCAGAGAAGAGCAGAGGAGGUGCAAGCACGAAUGCCAGGCAUGGGCAAGGGGAGGAGCGCGAAUGCGAAGCCCUGGGCUGGGGUUCGGAGUCAGCUGGGUUCCAGGAAUCCCGUAGCACUGUCAAACUGCAGUUUGACAUGAUGCGUGCUUGCAACCUCAUUGCCACUGUUGCUCUGACUGCUGGCCAGCUUAUCUUCGUCCUGGGCCUGAUGGAGCUGCCUAUCAUUUCCCAGGAUACCCAGUGGUGGGAGGAGGCCAUAGCUGCCGUGUUCCAACUUGCCAGUUUUGUUCUGGUCAUUGGAUUGGUGACUUUCUACCGCAUCGGACCAUACACCAACCUCUCUUGGUCUUGCUAUCUGAACAUUGGAGCCUGUCUUUUGGCCACGCUGGCAGCUGCCAUUCUCAUUUGGAACAUCCUUCACAGGCGUGAGGACUGCAUGGCACCCCGGGUCAUUGUCAUUAGCCGUACCCUGACUGCGCGGUUUCGACGUGGCCUGGAAAAUGACUAUGUUGAGUCACCGUGCUGA